AUGGCGAGAUACCAAAAUCUCUUUGUAGCUGCUUUGUUCCGAGCUUCUCGCCGUUUUACCAAACCGGCGACUUGUAUCUCCGUUAGAACUUUUUCUUCUUCCUUACUACUUCCAAAGACGACGACACGUCUUACUCUUCCUCGCUAUUUUCCUUUCUCUUCUUCGAUCUCUACGUUUUCUUCUUCGUCUUCUUCUCCUUCUCCUUCAGCUCGACCGCCAAAAACCGCCGGUAGUAAUGGCGACGAAGAAGACACUUUUGAAUAUAAAGCAACUGAUGAUGUUGAGGUCAUAGAAGAUUGGGAAGAAGACGAAGAUGAGGAUGUUGAAUCACAGCUUGGUGAUGGAGGAGAUGGUGGUGGAAUUGUUCUUAAAGGUGUAGCAUGGGGUGAAAGAGUUCUCUCUAUAGCUGCACAAGUUUUGAAGCAGUCUGAGAAAGACUUGGAAUUGUUUGCUUUCAAAACUUCACCGCGUGGAUAUAUAUACGUCAGACUAGACAAACUCUCCACUGAAUAUGGAUGUCCUACCAUGGAUGAGCUUGAGGAAUUUAGUCGAGAAUUUAAGAAAAGACUAGAUGAUGCUGGGGCUGAAAAAGUAAUCCCAGAGGAUCUAGCCCUUGAGGUCAAAAAGAGUCUUUCCCCAGUGAAUCAACUCUCACUUGGUUCAGUUUUGUUACAAAAUUUUGUUUCCGUUUUUUUUUUUUCUGUGUAGGUGUCAUCUCCAGGAGCGGAGAGGCUACUGAGAGUCCCAGAGGACUUGCCCCGAUUCAAGGAUAUGCCAAUGACAGUAAGCUAUGUAGAAGAAACAAACUCGAGGAAAGCAGUAAAGAGUGGAGUGUUCCUCUUGGAGUCUAUAGAUGCAGAAUCAGAUAACUGUGUCUGGAAAUUAGCAGAUGUAAGGGAGAACAGAGAUCCCGAAAGCAAAGGCAGACCGUUAAGCCGGAAACAAAAGGACUUGAGAAUCACACUGCCUUUCGCAGAUCACAAGAAGAUAAAUCUCUACUUGGAUUAGUUAAGUAGACGUAGAAGUAGAGUUGCUAUUAAAGUAAGUUCAUCGUCACUGCAGUUUCACAUUGCUGUUUCCGGAUAAUUUCAAGUGAUUUUGUAUUAGUUGAGAUGGUGAGUGAGAUAUCAAAACAUAUGACAAAAAUUCACAC